AUGCGCAAUUUUCCCAAGUCCUGGAUGGACAACAAGGGUGGAGACAUCGACUCCAAGCUGAGGAAGCUGCUGGGAACCUUUGGCCAACUUUCCAGGCUGCAGGUGAUUGCGUCUCCAGGCGCUGUGACCACGGCGACUGCGACAUUCGCUGAAACUGCCAUGGCAGAGAAGGCUGUCAAGGCACUGCAUGGUGUGGACAUGCGAACAGCCAAGCAGAAACGAGAAGCCGGCAACCGACCGCCGGCCGAGGAGGAGAAAUUCUGGGCACAGAUUGUCGCCAAGGUUGUUGGCGAGGAGCAGGUGUCCAACGAGCGCACGGCGCAGGAGACCUACUUGCUUGUGGAAGGCUUCCCCACAAGCUGGAGCGAGGCUCAGCUGCGUGCCACCUUCCUCGCCUUUGGUGGAGUCGAAAGACUCACGUACGUGCCAGACUCAAGGUAUGGAAGGGUUGCCAGACUGGUCUUGAAGGAGCCGGAGGAAAUGUCACGAGUCGUGAAAGAGCUCCAUGGCACCACGGUCGGCGAUGGGGAUGUCGUAGAGGAGUGCGUGUUGAACUGCAAAGUUACCAGUGCGGCGGUGCAAAAGAAGGAGGAGGAGGCGCGGAAGCGCAGAGAGGAGAAAGAAGCUCGAAAGUUGUAUCGUGCUGAUGUGCGAAAGAGGCGUGAGGAGGCCCGCCGUGAAAAAGAGAAGGGGAAGGAUGGACAUGAAGUCGACGAAACACAACCCGAGGAGAAGGAGGAUGAAGAAGAAGAGGUCGAGGAGCCGAAGCCCAAGAAAAAGCAUGCUGCCAAGAAGGUUGCAGCACGUUUCGAGGCGGAGGAGCGUGAAAGAGAGGAACUGCGUCGCAAGCAGGAAGAAGAGGCCGAGCAGAAAAAGGCUGAGGAGGAGGAGGCCAAGAAGGCAGCGGCUGCCGCUUAUCAAGAGGAACUCAGACAGAAGGCGAAGGAGGCAGCUGAAAGGAGAGAGAAGGAGCAGCGGGAAAGGGAGAUGGAACGCCAAAAGCGAGAAGAGAAAAGGAGGCUUUGGGAGCUGGACCGCAUGAAGCGGGAGGAGGAGCGUCAAAGGCGAGAAGAAAAGAGGAGGAAAGCAGAAGAGGAGCGGCUGCGGCGGGAAGAGGAGGAGAGGCAGAAGCGUGCGGAAGCGCGAGCCGAAGCCGAAAGAAAGCGGGAAGAGGAGCGCCAGCGAAAAGAAGAAAAGAUGCGAAAGUACGAGGAAAGUCGCAUGAGACGCGAGGAGGUGCGGACACGGAAUGAGAUCCAGCGUGAGCUUUGGGAGGACGAAUGCAUGAAACGAGAAGAAAAGCUUCAGCGUUGGGCAGAAGAGCAGAUGCGUAUCGCUGCUGAAAAGAAAAGAAAGUUAGAAGAAGAACGAAGACGAAAACAUGAAGAGGAAAUCCGCAAGUGGGAGGAGAAGAGAAUGAGACGAGAAGAAGAAAUGCAAAGAAGGGCCGAGAAGGCAGCCAAGCAAGCUGCGGAACGCAAGCGUCAGAGAGAGGAAGAGAAGGCACGCCUCCGCGAGGAAGAGAGACAGCGCAGAGAGGAGGAGUUUCGAAAGUAUGAAGAGAGCCGAAUGAAGAGGGAAGAGGAGCUUCAGCGGUGGUUUAUGAAGGUACUGGAGGCAAGAGACGCGGCCGAGCAACGAAAGCAAGUGCGUGAAGAAGAAAGGAAAAGAAAGGAAGAAAAGAUGAGAAGGUGGGAAGAGGACCGGAUGGCGAGGGAAGAGACGAGACAACGUCGAGAGGAAAAACGGCGGGUACGCGACGAAGAGCGUCACCGAAAAGAGGAGCAUCGUAAGAAGAAGCGUCACAAGCCAGAUGGCGAUGGUGAUGCCUGGAAGGAGGCAGAUGUGGCUGGCUGGGCUGCAGCUUCAAGUGCUGAGGAUCCACACCAGGUCUUUCCGAGCGCCAGGCCGAAGCAGCGAGCAAAGCGAGGGCCCAGUCCACCGCUGGAGCCGGACGACGAGACCGACUUGGACAGGCUCCUUGCCGGGACCUUCGUCGAGGCACCCAAGGUGCAGGGUCGAUCCAAAGCAUUGGCCAAACCUGCGCAACGACUGCUACCGCCCAGUGAGGAGCAGGAGACGGAGCUCGAUCGGCUUUGUGCCAGCAGUCCCGAGGCUGGAGCCCCCAGAACAAGACCGAAGCAGCGGGCCAAACCACCUCCAGUGUCCAGGGAUGGCACCGAUACCGAACCUCCCUCGGAAGAUGACGCGACGGAGCCCCCAAGCGACGAGGACGCGAAGGAGGCGGAAGUUGAGCUGGAGCCCACGUCCAUGGUGGACACGGAGGCUGAAAGUGAGGCGCCAGAGCCUUUGCAGGUGCCCAGUGCGAGACCAAAGCAGCGGGCCCGCCCUGCAAAGUCCGCUGAGGAGCUCUACGCAGAAAAACAGCUGGAGGCCAUCUAUCAGCAGGCCUCACGGCUUGAUAAUGGAAGGCACACUGCUGUUGAACAGGAUCUCUCGCCCGAGAAUGGCUCCGACACAGACGAGAAGGACUCUGUCAGAAGUGGUGGACGUCCCUCACCCCAGGUCGGCCGCAGCAAGGCCAUGGCAAGGCCUUUUGGACGGCACCGGUCGCCUUUGAAGGGGAGGUCGCGGGACAGGGACCAUGCCCACAGAGACAAGAGGCCUAAGAUUGAAGAGGCUUCGGCGGACCAUGUCCCCUGUGCACGACCAAAGGUGCGUGCCAGAAAUAAUCAGGAAUACCCGUUCACACAUCUCGAUGGGUUCUCCUGA